AUGAAUUUUCAAGAGAAAAGAAUAAAAAUCUAAACUCUCUAAAAGAAAGCAAACGAUUAUAAUAAAAAAGAGGAUGAACUGAUAGAUGCUGGAGUAGAUCCAGAGGAAGCUAGAUCAUAAUUAAUAUUUUAAGAAACCAAUUUAGGCAGAUCUGCAGAAAUAAAAUAAUUACCAUAUUAAAAUAGCGACAGUAUAAACGAAGUAGGAAAAACUAUCUCUCAAGGAUUUAAAGAUACCCACAAAGUUAAUACAACGUACAAAGAUUUUAAUAAAAAGACAAGCCAAUAGUUUGAAGAUAUAAAAGAAAUGAGAAAAUCAUAAAAACUAAAGGAAUAAUAUAAUGAAUAAAAAAAAUAGGAAGAAGAUGAAAACUAAAAAAGGGUUAAUUUUUAUACUAAAGAUCAUGUUUCUUUAAUGUUCGAAGGAGUACAAAAUGAGAAUAAGUAGACUUCUUACUUAAAUAAUUACUAACACACUCAAGAGAAAGAAAAAAUGAUUAUAAAUGCAGAUUUGAAAUAUCAUAUUAAGAAAAACGAUAUUAAUUCUUUUACAGAUGCAUUUGUUAAGCAUAAAGGAACUAUGAGAAAAUGA